CGGAUCUCUGUGACAUAUCCGUUGUGCAAUGUCUUUUUGGCUGCAUUUCAAGUGCCAUGGACGAUAUCAAACUGUACCUGUCAAGAUGCGAAUCCAGAACAACUCCAAGCCGUGGAGAUGGUCUCCGAUCGAUGAGUCGAAUUUGAGCACUGACGUUGAUAUAUACCGUCACGCUGCUAGUUGCAAGACACCGGUCCUUGCAAUGGUCAAGGUUCGCUGCCGAGUGCCCAGUGCUACUUGUAUAAAUCCUCGCUGUGCAGACCUUUGAGCUGCAUUUGCUGGAAGGUAAUGACUUCCAAGUUCUCUUGUGGUUCGGAGCUUUCCACUCUGCACAAAUCAGCUGAUCGGACCUCACGGCUAUUAUCGCUCCAUUCUAUAGCCGACAUAGGCCACCAAGUUUUGUGUAGGUCUGAGGUGAUUCUCAGAUCUAAGCGACAGUCUGUAGUUGGUCAUUACGAUGGAUUCCGCAACAGGGAAUGAUACUGAGUCUUGCAUUUGUCAAUUAUUGGGCAAGAAUAUCGUCGGCUACAUCACGAUUGCUAUGUCUGCUUUGGGAGUCAUUGUACCAGGAUACUAUUGUAUCUCAAGGUUGUAUCAAAUCACAGUUAUUGAAAGUCGAAUUAGAGAAUGUUAUGCGAGGCACAUUCUACACUCACAAGCAGUAGGAAAUUUCAGGGUCAACUUCAAUGGAGAAGAAAGAUAUACGCCUCGAGAUGUUCUGGUGCAGAACCCAUCGGGCAGGUACAUGAUAGCAGUCAAAAGAUAAAUUUCUACAACUGAUGAAGCUUCAACCUCGGAAGGUCCAGAGAGAGAUGCCAUUGAAAGUUUGGAAUCUGAAAAGACGGAAGAGCUUGCAUUUUUUCAUUAAAGCUAAAAUUCGUCAUGACAUUGGAGGAGUGAAGUAUGAUCCUUGAUUAUCCACAGAUAUGUAGCGGCUGGAGUCCAAUCUACUGGAACAUCACAAAGUAUCUGUAGUUUCAUGACAUAGUGCAACAUGCUUCAUCAUAUUAAAUGUUUGAAGUCUUCCAAUGUUCUCAACUUCCAGGUUGAAAUUUGUUCAAGCAUGUCAUCCUGGAAUAUGGACUGGAAUUGGAUCGAUGAGUAGUCCCGGCCUCAUUCUCAAACCACUCCCGGAGUUGGGUAACCCCGUUAGCGCGAGCCACUCAUGGCAAUAAAUUCACACUACUCAUGAUAAACACGCUGAGCAGGAAAUCACCAGCUCCAUUGUGGCUCUUUAAGUACUAAAAGUUGUGUUGAUUCUUUUGCAAUGCUUAGAUGUUUUUACUUCUUCGCUUUAUCUUCUU